UACGAUCCUAGAAGUGGCACCACAUGGAAACGCACUGUAUGUGCUUUUAAUUCAACAUGGCGCAAUCGUCUGCCACCUUUCCAGUUGAUACAUCUGACAAACUUUAAUGGUGCAUAUCGUUGUGCAUCUAGAUAAUCUAAAGUUAAUCGCGUUCCAAUCUUGUCGCUAGACUAUUUUUAUACCAGUGUGUGGAUCUACAGAAACUGCGGAAACAUACCGCGCGUUGGGAACCACCAGCAGCCAGGGAAUUAUAGAGAACGGAUAUGAGUGAAAGCGCGUUGCAACACACUGACAGAAGAGGAAUUUAAAAGGAACAAAACGGAACAGCCAUUAACACUCUUAGUUUAUGCCAAAGCGGACUGUGAGCGUACGUGACGGAGAGAUGGGCGCACAACCGUGGACGGGCUGUAAGCGCACCUCGACCCUUCUCGAGUGAACCAACCCAGCCAAAGCAGAUUGGGAUGGCAGCAUCCAGCAACUCAAGCCUAUCUGGUUCAUCCGUCUCUUCUGAUCCCGAGGAUUACCAACCACCCAUAUGGAAAUCUUACUUGUACCAGCUUCAGCAGGAGGCCCCUCGGCCCAAGAGGAUCACCUGUCCACAGGAGAUGGAGAACAGACCCCGAUACUAUGGCAGAGAGUUCCAUGGCAUGAUCUCACGGGAGUACGCAGAUGAGCUCCUGGGCGGGGCGGAGGGGGCUUAUCUCAUCAGGGAGAGCCGAAGACAGCCAGGGACACACACCUUGGCCCUCAGGUUCGGACACCAGACCCUGAACUACAGGCUGUUCUACGACGGGAAGCACUUUGUGGGGGAGAAGCGCUUCGAGUCCGUCCACGACCUGGUGACGGAUGGCCUCAUCACCCUCUACAUUGAGACCAAGGCGGCCGAGUACAUCGCCAAGAUGACCACCAAUCCCAUCUACGAACAUCUGGGCUACACCUCCCUGCUCAAGGACAAGAUGACGCACCGGCGAGGACGCAGCGAGCCCCGCAGGGUGACCUUCCAGAGGGACGACAACAAGAUCACCACAUCGCCUUUGGUACGCCACAGCGCCCUGAAAGACCCCGAGAAGCAGAGCUCCUAUGACAAGAUCCACAACUUCAAGGUCCACACGUUCCGAGGGCCUCACUGGUGCGAGUACUGUGCCAACUUCAUGUGGGGUCUCAUAGCCCAAGGGGUCCGUUGCUCAGACUGUGGGCUGAACGUACACAAGCAGUGUUCCAAACUGGUGCCCAGUGACUGCCAGCCAGACCUGCGCCGGAUCAAGAAGGUUUUCAGCUGUGACCUCACAACCCUGGUGAAGGCCCACAACACCACAAGACCCAUGGUGGUAGACAUGUGUAUCAAGGAGAUCGAGCUGAGAGGUCUGCAGUCUGAGGGCCUCUACAGAGUGUCCGGCUUCUCAGAACACAUCGAGGACGUGAGGCUCGCCUUUGACCGAGAUGGCGAGAAGGCAGAUAUCAGUGCCAAUGUGUACAAUGACAUCAACAUAAUCGCUGGAGCACUGAAGCUGUACCUGAGAGACCUGCCCAUUCCGGUCAUCACAUUUGAUGUGUACUCCAGAUUCAUACAAGCUGCAAAAAUUCCAAACCCAGACGCCAGACUUGAGGCGAUCCAUGAAGGGCUGCUGCAGCUUCCGCCAGCCCACUAUGAGACCCUACGCUACCUGAUGAGGCAUCUCAAGAAGGUCACGAUGUUUGAAAAGGAAAAUUUCAUGAAUGCGGAGAACCUGGGGAUUGUGUUUGGUCCAACGCUGAUGCAGCCGCCGGAACAGAACGCUCUGGCCACUCUGAAUGACAUGAGGCAUCAGAAACUCAUUAUACAGCUGCUGAUAGAACACGAAGACGUCUUGUUUUGAAGGACUGGAGCCCUGUCUGUUACCGGGCAGAAAUAUGAAUUUUUAUUUAUUCGAUACCAGAGGAAUUGCAAGCCAACCAUGUUGAACCGAGUGUAAAAAAAAAAAAAAGAAGAAUAUCCCAAUUGUAAUUACUGUGGUUUGAUUUUAGUUUCCAUUACAUCUGUCUCGUAAGCAUGGCUGUUUCAGGUGAAAUUCAGUCUUUGGUACGUCGGUCAGACGUCUCGUCUCGUUACAGUAAGGUCAAAGUUUGUCACACUCUGCCAUAGUCACCCUGAAAAGAGGUCGAAUGGUUCCCAACAGGCACCACAGUCCCUACGUUUGUGUACUACUUUGUACAGGACCCAGUCGGCCCUGGUUGAACGUAGUGCACUGUCUAGGGAAGGGCUUAUUUGGGGAAGGGCUUACAGCUGUCCAUACACUCUCAUAAAUAUAGUGUCAUCUGAAUAGUUGGUGAUCUGGAUUUUGAUUGGCUGGACAAGAGUGUUUGUUGUGGGCUCAUUUUUAAUGAGUCUGUAACCGCAAUGCAGGUUUGGGUCACAUAAAUGCAGAUUAUUUCAUGUUUGAUCAAAUCAGAUCUUUUUUGCAUUGACACGGUUUUUGAUCUGUGUCCCUGUGGGGUGUCCCGUGAAAUAACUCACAUCUGGAUGGAUGCCUGUGAAUCCAGCACUUUUUCUUUUGCAAAGAGUGUGCUGAUGAAUUUCUUUUGUAAAGAUGUUUUAAUGUAAAUCUUUUCUGCAUCAUGCACUUUGUUGUUAAGCUGUUUGUAAAUAGGUUGUCAAGGAUGUGCGAUGUAUUGCGUUGUCAAAAUGCCAGAAACCCUGAAAUGAAUUGUACAAUGGAACAGUUUAAAAUAUGAGGAAAUGCUGUUUAAGUUACAUAAUCUUCUGUAUGCAGGUACUAGAAAAAGUGUGCUAGUGAAAUGUGAAAUCUCUGAACUUACAUUUUUGAAGACUGUCAAAUGACUUCUCAUUCUUUAAAACUUCCCAUAUUUAAAAAUUUAUACAAGGAAAUUAAUUCAUAUAUGUGUCAUAUUUAUAUAAUAUUAAUAUUGGAAUAUUUUGGAAUACCAUGGUGUAAUAUAGCUGUUCUGUUGACUGCCAAAUAUCUGUUCUGGGUAAGGACCACUUCAUGGUAUUUUGCCAAAACAUGUAUCUCACACUCUUUGACAUACAGAUGUUGUGUCUUAAUUUGAUCACUUUUGUCACAGAUAAAUUUUCUGGUGCUGCAGCAAGUUCAGAUAAGCCUUGUGAUUUUCAUAAAUUCAGUGAAAAUAAAAACAUUUUCUUUCUCACCAGAUCUCACACCUAAACAAUAGCCUGCUAUACCUUAUUUAACCUCCUAAGACCUGAGUUUUGAUAAUGUAUGCACUUGUAAUUCCUCUUAGCUAUGGGGGAUUAGCAGGACCUGAUACGUAUACUAUCUAAGCAUUGUGUUUGAACAGGAAGUACUUUUCGGAAAGAAUGAUGUCCUGGUAUGAUGACAUUGGGUUUAUUUUACUGAAACAUAGUGUCCUCAUAUGUGGACACAGGGUCUCGGGAGGUUAAACCUUUUUGGGAAUAAUCAAAUAAUUCUGCUGCAUAAUUAUUUUAUUCCUGCAACAAAGCUGGUCAAAUUAGGAUCCCACAACCCUGUAUACUAAAGGCAUGUUUUCAAAGUAAAUUAAUAAAAAAAAAUCUGACUAGGAAACAAAACUGGCAGGAACAGCCAGGUGGCGUGGGUGUUACCACGUAAAAAUGACGACAUCACGUCAUAAUGACCAGGUUGACGCUUUAUCGGUUGUUUUCCAUUAUUGUUGAUAAAAAAAAAAUGAAAUCCUUUCUACGAAUCCAUUUUAUUAAAAGUAUUUUUGUGAUGGGUGCAUUUAUGAAUGAUUGUAAUUUAUCAAACGCUGAUUUAUUAAAAGGGUUUAAACGUG